CUAAAAGCCCAGCCACGACGUCAGUCAUACGUGAAGGACCCAACUAGCCAUGCUCAAAUGUUGAUUUCAUGCAGUGUCGUAGUAGUAGUGUAGACUGCAUAGGUUUGCCGGCUUCCAAUUUUUCUUGGAUGUGAUUAGACUAAAGAAUUGUAAAUAUGGCGGACGUAAAGGUGAAAAAGGAAUCUACGGAUCCAGUGGACAUAGAAAACAGGAUUAAGGAACUUUGUGGGCAGUUCCCGCACGGGAUCACUGACCAGGUGAUCCAGAAUGAUAUGCCGCACGUGGAACCCAAACAGCGGGCUAUGGCCAUCAACAGGCUGUUGUCGGUGGGUCAGCUGGAUCUCCUGAGGAACAGCAAUGGUCUGCUCUAUAGAAUGAAAGACAACCAGUCAACAAGCAAGAUGAAGGGCUCGGACAAUCAGGAGAAGCUGGUCUACCAGGUCAUAGAAGAUGCCGGAAACAAAGGCAUCUGGAGCAGAGACAUCCGGUUCAAGAGUAACCUUCCUCUGACGGAGAUCAACAAGAUCCUGAAGAACCUGGAGAGCAAGAAGCUCAUCAAGGCCGUCAAAUCUGUCGCUGCCUCCAAGAAGAAGGUGUACAUGCUGUACAACAUCCAGCCAGACCGGUCCGUGACGGGGGGCGCCUGGUACAGCGACCAGGACUUUGAGUCGGAGUUUGUGGAGGUGCUCAACCAGCAGUGCUUCAAGUUCCUGCAGAGCAAGGCUGAAGUAGCGCGGGACAGUAAGCAGUCUCCUAUGGUCCAGAGGAACAGCUCCUUUGCCACGUCCCACGAGGUCUGGAAGUACAUCUCGGAGCUGGGCAUCAGCAAGGUGGAUCUGUCCAUGGAGGACAUUGAGACGAUCCUGAACACGCUGAUCUUUGACGGGAAGGUGGAGAUGACCAUCAUCGCCGCUAAGGAGGGGACGGUGGGCAGUGUGGACGGGCAGAUGAAGCUCUACCGGGGGGUCAACCCCAUCAUCCAGCCCACCGGCCUCGUCAAGACGCCGUGCGGACUCUGCCCGGUGUUUGACGACUGUCACGAGGGAGGGGAGAUCUCGCCGUCAAACUGCAUCUACAUGUCUGAGUGGCUGGACUUUUGACCAAUUGCAUUUAAGCAUUUCCCCCCUUAGUCCUUCCACUUCCUGUAUUUUCUCUGUUGAGAAAGAGAACACGCAUCGUUUUCCUGGAAGACAAAAGUAUGAAAGGAGCACUUCUGUGGAACUUCCUUAUAUGGACUUGCAUGUGAAGCUCUAAUGCCUUUCAGCAACAAACAAACAAACAAAACAGAAGAUGACGAAAGCCAGUGUUUUCUGUGUCUCUAGGUUCAGUUUGUUUGUUUACAACAACACUGUAGCUGUCCUGUGCUUGCUGAUCUGUACGCAACGUCAGGACCAAACGGUGAAAGAUCAGGUCUGGUCCAUAACCAGAUCAGGACCAAUUUGUCCCGUAUCAGGUCUGAUUUGUCCCGUAUAAGGUCUGAUUUUUCACGUAUCAGGGCCAAUUAGUUCCAGAUCAGGGCCAGUUAGUUCCAGAUCAGGGCUGAUUAGUUCCUUAUCAGUUAAUUCAGUACUGGCACUGUCUCUGGUGCCUGAACAUGGCUUUUACUUGUUAUACAGAACUAUUUCAGUUUGAAGAGCUUUUCAGAGUGUGUUUUUUUUGUUGUUUUUGUUUGGAGUGGAACAUAAUUAACUUGAGUGGGGUUUCCAGAGGUAAGAGCAGGGUUGGCAUUGGUGACUUUGAGCUGGCACUAAAAUAUACAGCCAGCGUAGAAGCGUAGAUGUCUCAACUGUGUUUGCUAUGUGAUUUAUUUUACCCUGGUGCCUCAUGAAAAAGCCAAUAAAUAUUUAAAUAAAUA